AUGAGCACUCUGGAGCAAACCAGCCAUGCAGAAUGUUGUAUCGAUGAUUGGGUUCAGGAAGGUAUGCACGAUAAAACGGAAUAUACGCUUAACGCUGAUCAAUCAGAUGAUCAAAGGGCAACAGCCCAAACAUGUCUAUCGAAUCUUAUGAAAUCUCUUCAAUCCUACCUGAGCGUCUUUCCUCGGUUAAAAGAAAGGCUCAGAAACGCCGAAUAUCCUGACGAGCUCGAAAGAGAAGUUGGUUGGAAGUACGAGGCAUACCGAUGGGCUGUGAAGCCGUAUGUUAAUUACUGGUUCAACAACUACGACUGGGAAAAGCCGCGCGCCGAACUGAAUCGCUGGCAUCAUUAUCAAGUUACGAUUCAAGAUUUACGUCUUCACUUUGUCCACGAACCGUCCAGUCAACCUGGUGGCGCUGUUCCCCUCGUCUUGAUCAAUGGCUGGCCCUCCAAUUUUCCAUGA